AAAUGAUGGGUUUAUGGAAUGCUAAGCAUGCCUCUUCUCCUAAAAAUAAGCACCUUAAAUGGCACCAUUCUCUUAAAGACAUUUGUAUCAGUUUGACCAUAACUCUCAUCCAUGGCUCUUUCUCCUUAAAUUCUUCUUCACCUGCUCCCUCUUUCACCCCCCGUUCACUUGAGAAAGAAAAAUGAGAGUUUCAAGAGAGUUUUUGGGUACCUUGGUCCUUGUUCUGGUUUCACCAGUGGCUAAUGGAGACCCUCUUGUUCCUGCAUUAAUCAUCUUUGGAGACUCGGUUGUUGAUGUUGGUAACAACAACAAUCUCAUUACACUAAUCAAGGCCAACUUUCCGCCCUAUGGAAGAGAUUUUGUUACUCACAGGCCAACCGGAAGAUUCUGCAAUGGAAAACUAGCCAUAGACUUCACUGCUGAGUACCUUGGGUUCACUUCAUACCCACCGGCUUACCUCAGUCAAGAUGCCAGAGGAAAUGCGCUCUUGACUGGAGCCAACUUUGCUUCGGCUGCUUCUGGUUUAUAUGACAGAACUGCAAACCUAUAUGGUGCCAUAACAUUGACUCACCAGUUAAACUACUACAAGGAGUUCCAAACAAAAGUGGUGAACAUGGUAGGGAAAGCUACAGCGACUGACAUAUUCUCUGGUGCCAUACAUCUUUUGAGUGCAGGAAGCAGUGAUUAUAUUCAAAACUACUACAUCAAUCCUCUACUCAAUAGUUUCUAUACACCGGAUCAAUUCUCUGACAUUCUCAUUAGAUCCUACUCUACUUUCAUUCAGAAUCUGUAUACACUGGGAGCAAAGAGGAUUGGAGUGACAACCUUACCGCCGACGGGUUGUUUACCCGCGGCGAUCACCCUUUUCGGUGGAGGAAGUAACCAGUGUGUUGCAAGGUUAAACCAAGAUGCCAUAGCCUUCAACAACAAACUGAACAGCACAUCUCUAGGUCUACAAGACAAGCUGCCUGGUCUCAAACUUGUUGUCUUCGACAUAUACCAGCCUCUCUUGGACAUGGUUACAAAGCCCAGUGAUAAUGGUUUCUUUGAGUCAAGAAGAGCUUGCUGUGGAACGGGUAUACUAGAGACAUCGUUGCUUUGCAAUGCCAGGGCCUUAGGGACUUGCUCCAAUGCGACCUCGUAUGUAUUUUGGGAUGGAUUCCAUCCCUCUGAAGCAGCCAACGAGUUCUUAGCAGGCAAUUUGCUAGCACAGGGUGUGGGACUCAUCUCUUGAACUUAUUUCCUUCAUGAUCGAAGAAAGGGAAUAAAUAAAUAAAAGAAAAAGAAAAGAAAACACUAUCACCCAUUCAUGUAAUCUUCUCAUAUGUAGGAUAUUGGAUAUUACUUGGUCUUAUUUAGUU